GGCAGGAAGAAAUGCAGGAAGUAUGGAAGAAAGAGUCCUUGCUAAGUUAUUAAGUGGCCAGAAUGUCGCCCAGCUAAAACUCUUGUUUAAUGCUUAUGAGCGGAUAUCUGGUAAGAAUCUUGCAGAGAACAUCCGGACAAAAUUCAACGGAUCUCUGGGAGCAGCUCUAGCAACAAUAGUGGCCUGUAUAGAUGAUGCAAAAAAGUACUUCGCAGAAGAACUACAUAACUGUAUGCAAGGGCCAGGAACUGAUGACAAGACUCUCAUCCGUAUCCUGGUGUCCAGGUCAGAGGUGGAUUUAAAAGACAUCAAAGAACUGUAUUUGAUCCAGUACGGAAGCAAUCUUGCAGACGACGUGGCAGCAGAUACCAGUGGCGAUUAUCGUAACCUUUUGUUGAGAAUAAUUGAGCCGUGAUACACUCAAGACAAAUCCAUCUUUCAUUGAUCGGCGUAGAGAUGAAUUAACAGAAGAAACCAAUCAAAUGAAAAACUCCAAUUUUAAAAACGCCUUAAAUCUAGUUUUACUUAUUUGGUUUCAACGUCAGUUGUCUUUUUUAUACGGGCAAUUAAAGUGGAACAAUAUAAAUGAGAGUUUAAAGUUUGUAGCACAAACAGGACAGUUGUAUUCGCUGUUUUAAAUAAGCAAAACAUGAAUUUAGAUUUACGCCAACGUUUCGCUAUUACGACUUCGUCAGGUCAAACAAGACACUUGCUAAUUGAUUUUAGGCUUAUAUAACAAAUAUUAGUUGGAAAGUAUCUUUUUUGCCCCGAUAAGCUGUAAUGGUGAAACGUUGGCAUAAAAAAUACACAAAAUAAGUAAUAAAAGUAAUAGGUCGUGUCUUAUUUACUUAUUUUAACAAUGUAAUAAUAUGCAGUUGUAUUGCAGUUUCAUUAUAUUGUAAAUCUACCCUUUACUCAAUCAAAACUGCUCAAUUGAUUAUAAACUGAAUCAAUAAUAUAGCGGAAGUUACAGGUAAUGCUCAAACAUAUGACUUUAAAAAAUACAUUCGAUAUAUGGCGCUACACGGAAAGUCUAUGGCAGACCAUAAUAUAUAUCUUAUUGGACUUGAGAAUAGGAAUCCUACGCAGUAGGCCUACUGGUGGUUAAAAAUGUUAAUAAAACUGCUAUCUGGUUACUCAAAAUAGUUGUGUUACCGGUUAUAUACGAAGAAAAGUCAAAGAAAAGUUGUCAACAAAUACAACCAAAACAGAGCAUAAUAGGCCCAAACCAAAUUUUCAGAUUAAUUAUUGUGGUAUAGAAAAAACAAAUGUAAGAUAAUUAAAUAAUGUAUAAAAAUCAAAUAAUACAUCAUGUAAUUCUGGUUUCUCUGAUUUUUUGUCUCCUGAUCGUAGAAGAUGAAAAAGCAUAACAAGCGUUAUAUGUUAGGCCUGACAGGUUAUCCAGAGAUAACUAUAUCAUUAGAUGAAGCUCUUAUGACACUCAAAGAUAACUAGUACUAGUAAUAUUUGAAUAUUUACAGUUAAAGCAACUGCUAAAUGCUAAUGAUUACCAAACUUAUAUUAACUUUAUCCAUGUCAUUUCAUACCAGUAAGCAUUUCUGAACCUAUGAUAGACAUCACUAUCAAAUGUAAAUAAAUUGUUAAGACCAACGUUAAUCAGAGUUUAAAUUACAUUUUAUUUUUAAUGUACGUUUUAAUGUCGACAGAUUUAAUUAUAACAAUCACUUAUUAUUGAAUCGCUUCGCAAAUUUUAUAACUUCGAUUACUUGUCUUACUCUUAACUUAGCAACAGUGUUCUAAAGACCAGAUUUAAACUAACCUUUUAAUUAAUUCUUUCUUUCUGUCGAAACAUAAUGUGUUUUGUUGUUUUAAUUUUACGUACGUCUUUAAUUCUGCAACAGUUGACGUCCCGUGUAUUUUUGUUGCUAGGCCUAAGUUACUUCUUUUGAUUUUUGUCGCCAUCUAUCCGUAGAGUUUGUGUGACAUCUGCUGGUUUAAAAUCUGCUAAAAUAUUUUUAAUCAUUAAGACUUAGUAGGUUUCUUCUUAAUAUCAAUUAUAAUAAGUGAAAAUUUACAAAAUGAAAGUUUUGUAGAAAAUGUUAAUUUGAAGAAGAAUACUGUAAAUAAAAUAAUGUAUAUUAACAACAACAAUAAUAAUUCCAGGAAACAAAUAAUAUCACUAAUAUCUGAAGUAAACACACACUUAAAACGAAUCUGAAUCGCAUAUAAAACUUAAUGGUACCGAUUGAUUAAACGAGCAUUUUACGUGUUUUUGUUCCCUUUGCUGUUGUUCAAAAAUUGACUGUACUUUGGGUGAUGUAAUGCUUUUCAUGUAUAUUUUGAUAAUCUUUUGAUGCGUAGUUUGUUCUGAUACUUCAUUAUUUUCUAAUCAGCUUUUUAUAAAUUAUCCUCAAAA